AUGGUUGCCAAAGUCUACAUUGUUUACUAUUCCUUGUAUGGACAUGUUGAGAAGCUUGCCCAAGAGAUUAAGAAAGGAGCUGACUCCGUUGAGGGAGUAGAAGCCAAAAUUUGGCAGGUACGGGAGACACUACCAGAGGAAGUUCUCGGAAAAAUGCAUGCACCACCAAAGACCGAUGCUCCCAUCAUUACCCCGGAAGACCUCGCCGAGGCCGAUGGUGUGCUUUUCGGCUUUCCGACUAGAUUCGGUAUGAUGCCUGCCCAGUUCAAGGCCUUUCUGGACUCAACCGGUGGUCUAUGGAGAACACAAGCCCUUGCCGGCAAACCAGCCGGGCUUUUCUACAGCACCAGCGCCCAAGGAAGUGGACAAGAGACUACUGCCCUAACUGCAAUCACGCAACUUGUUCACCAUGGUAUGGUUUUUGUGCCCAUUGGAUAUACCUUUGGUGCUGGUAUGUUUGAGAUGGAGCAAGUGAAGGGUGGAAGCCCUUACGGUGCCGGAACUUUGGCCGGGGAUGGCUCGAGACAGCCAACUGAGCUCGAGCUAGCACAGGCUUUCCACCAGGGGAAGUAUUUUGCCGCCUUUGCAAAGAAGCUCAAGGGAUCAGCUUGAUGAUCAACUUGUUCACACGUAUUUGUUUUAUCAUUUUCAUUUUGCUUGUUUGAGAUCUGGAUCUCCAUAGAAUAAAUUAUAUGCUUGGUUGGGGAUGGAUUUGUUAUCACA